GCUAGAUAGGAUUGACAGACUAUAAAAAGAUAAGUGGGUAACAGGUAGUCGAGAUAAAAAUACCUAUAAUGGAUCUUAUCUGACCAUUUGACCGGUUGGACACAUUUUACACUCGAUUCGCCAGUGGGCCUGGGCAAAAAUACUUUGGAGGCGACUUUGGCUGUAACAAUAUAUAUUUAAAAAAAUACCUUAAACUGUAAAUACUAUUGCGGAACGUUUGAAUCUUAAUAUUACUUUAGCACUUGUAUAACUGAUACACAUAUCCGUAGAUAGAAGCGUCUUUGGAGCUCCUUGUACUGUAACUUUACUUAUGGCGCCCGAAGAUCCCAUCGUUUUGACAAAUACAGGAAUUGUGAAUCAAGUAGGACGACUAGCAAGUGGAAACGAGAAGGACAGUCCGUUGGAAAGUAAAAUCAAGAUUACACUUGCUGAAUCUCACUUAUGGCGAAAAUUUAACAGUGCAACAAACGAAAUGAUUGUUACAAAGAGUGGAAGGCGUAUGUUCCCAGUCCUAUCUGUCUCAAUAAAUUGUUUAGACCCAAAGGCCAUGUACUCCGUAAUAGUGGACUUCGAGCCAACUAACGGAACACGAUGGAAGUAUUUAAAUGGCGAAUGGGUAUCAAGCGGUAAGCAAGAGACCAUCGCAACGAGUUGUUCGUACGUUCAUCCGGAUUCGCCAAACUUUGGCUCGCACUGGAUGAGUAAGACAGUCUCGUUCACUAAAGUGAAGUUAACGAAUAAAGACAGUAGCGAUGGGCAGAUAAUGUUACAGUCACUACGUAAGUACCGUCCACGGAUCCAUGUCGUAAAAGUUGGAUGUUCCGAGAAGCAAAAAAGACUGACAGCUCAAUCCUUCCCGGAAACAGAAUUUAUUGCCGUCACCGCUUACCAAAACGAAGAGAUUACUCAACUUAAAAUUAAACACAAUCCAUUUGCCAAAGCCUUCCUCGACAUUAAGGAACGAAGCGACGAUUUCUACCAAGAAAAUCCACCGUUACCAUAUUCACAUAUGAGCGGGUGGAUUCUCUCGGCACCAAGCUCUCUGUACGCUUCGGGUUCACCAUUUAAACCAGCUUUGCGGCUUUCGCACCCAAGCUGCGACACAUUCAAUGGUUUAAGAAGUCAUAGAACAUCACCGUACCCGAAACCCACGUGCAGGCAGAUCAAACAUUCAUCACCAGGGCACAGUUAUUCAGAGUCAUCCCAUCCGAUACAUCCCGCGAGUGACUGGUCUAGCAUUCCAACUCAUACUCCCGUAACAGCACCACCAUGUACUCAGUAUCCCCCUACCUGGCAGUCAGUCGGUAGUCAUUCGAGUGUCCCGCCCAUCGUCCCUUCUAACAACGACCCGGUGUCGUCCGCUUUCCGAAUGAGUAGAUCGUCUCCGACAAUUUCGUUAACGCCAACAACAUUCUCAGCAUCAACGUUUGAUACGACACCUACAUUAUCACCGGUAACACAGUGCUCUAUUCAUCAAGAUAAUUUCAACGAUGUUCAGGGUUUUCUCCGGGGUCAGUUACCGUAUCACCCGGCGACGACUUUUCAUCCAAAUUAUUCGCAGUUUAAUUAUGGAGGAAUAAAUAUGCAAUAAAAUUAAUUAAUUUUGUUUAAUAUAUAAAAACAAUAUAAUCAUGAUAAUAAAUAAUAUUAUAAUAUUGUUGUUUAUUACGAAAUUGUGAUCCAGUGAUUGUGAUAAAAGUUACUUAUUUCUUGUAUAUUAAACUUGGAACAUUUAUACAAGUUGAUAUUAGUUGAACUUCAAGCGGGUCUUAAUAAUUUUGAAGUGCACUGGUAGUCACUUAAUUAUAUAUAUUGAACCAUCAUUUAAAUAUUACCUUAUGCAAUGUUAACUUACAUUAUAAUUUAGAUUUUAUAUUAUGGACCAGGGUAUUGAUAAUUCAAUGUGUUCUAUUCACAAACACUCAGGUAAUUUACGGUGCAAACGGUUUGUAACAAAUAUAUAUAUGUUUAUAAUACUAAAUUGCUGAAGAAUUAUAUAAAAUACGAUACUUAGGUUUUGCAAAAGUUUGAUUAAAGUAAAAUAUGUUUAUCAUUUAUUACGUCAUAUUUUAUUGUUUACCUUUUUUGCUUUUAUAAACCAAAAACCGUGCUUGACGUGUGUAUUGGUCAUUUUGUGUGAUUAAUUGGUGAGGAGGGGGGUCUAUAUUUUUCAAGUAAAUCCUAAAAAUUGAAAAAAAGAGGAGUGAAAAAUAAUUACAGGGCUCACUCCAAAAGAGUGAAAUAAAGAGUGAAAACGAGUGUGAUUUCAUUCUGAGAGUGUAUUUGACGAAUUUUUCACUAUAUUAAUAAUAAAAAUCACUCAUAAUUGAAUUUCAUUCACGAAAGAGUGAAAUUGCACUUACAGAGUUCCAGUAUGUAAUUUACGAUUUGAAGACGGAACUAUCUUUAUAUUUUGGAAAAAAAAAACUGAUGUAUAUUUACGUUUAUGUUAUUUGUUUCUCUGUAAAAAUAUGUAAAUGAGAAUAAACCGAAUGGUGUUUACAAAUUCUGAAGGAUUGUUUUGUUUUACAUAUUUAUUGAGCAUAAAAAUUCAUUACACAACACACUUAACCACUAAUGAUACAUAACAGAAUAGUAAAUAUUCAAAUAGACCGAUUGUCAUAUAAAGCAUAAUAUAUAGAGUUGUAUUUAUUUAUAUUUAAUAUUUAUAAACUCAAGAAGCAACUGAAUUAAAAUUCUAGCUGCAUAAAACAUCAAUGAAUAUAUGAAUCGCCUCUUUGGCAGUCAACCUUAAGGCAUAACUGAAAAUAGAUGAAUAAAUUAGUGUCAUGAUGCAAUAAACCUAUUUGUGUAUUUACUGUGAAUGAUGUUGUAUUUUAAUUCCCAAUUUUAUUCGGUUUAGCCUCUAUUAGGGACAGUUUUAUUGGUUCCGAAAGUGCAGCCUUAAAAGGAUUAAAACUGUCUCACAUUAACACAAAUUCGAUAUGUACAGUUAUGGACUACAAUAACUUGCUAUAAUUAUUGACUGGAACCAUGAUGCUCUCAGCAAAAAGUUUUAGUCUAGCGUGAGGAGAAGAAGUGAACCUGUUUUGAACUAACUAAGCAUCCUGGUAUUUUGUAGGAUACGAAUAAAUAGGAUUUCGAUUUAGAAACCGCCCAUCUUAACCACCACACCACAUUCUUGAGAAGACAUUCAAAGUCACGCCAUUUCAUGAGACACUGCCUCACUAGAGUAAUUCCUCUUUUGAUGUAGAUCCUAAAACUAAAGUAACUUCCAUUAAAAACACAGUUCAACAUUCAUGUUUUGAACCACUCGUUUUUCAGAAACGAUUAAAAAAAUAGAAACACUAAAAAGGUUAUUGUCACAGCGGUCAUCUUUAAUAUAUCUAUGCCAGAACAAAAACAAAGUUUUAACCAAUUCUAUACUAAGCUUCACAAAAUACGUCUGUCACACAAUACGACGUUUGUUUUUAGUUUUUCUGUUUGAUUUUUACCAAACGCUGUUGCCUGGAGUAAACAGACCAUUAUAGGAAAGGAAUACAGUACCUCUUUUCCAAAACAAAGUAGGCCUACUUGGACUUGGUCACUUUGUCGGCUUCAUAAUGAAAGGCCGCCGACAAUAGUGUAAAAGUGUAAGAGAUUAGCUCGUUACCUUUAAUGAAUUUCUACUUUGUGUCUGUCGUUGUCAAGGAAAUAAUUAAUUUGACUGUAUUGUUCGGGACAAUAUAUCGAAAAGUUACCAUUUCCGAAUUGAGGUGGAGGUCAUUGUUGAGGGAUCUUUUGAUCUGAAUAGAAAGUAGAAAACAAGCAGGCUGAAAUGUAAACUGGAGCCAGGAUGUAACAGUGCAUGUAUUGGAGAAACAGACAUCAAUGGUCAGUGCUAUUUUAUGAGGUUGUUUUUGGUAUUUUGACCUAUGAUGAAGUCAGUCUCACCUGUGACGUAAUAGACCAUUAUAUGGUGUCAUCAACCCGUCAUAUCUGCGGUAUGUCUCUACAAACUACAAUAUUUCAUUGACGAUCAUCAUAAAAGUUGUGAUACCGAACCAUUGAUUAUGAUUUAAUAGAGGGAAAAUAAUAACGUUUUUAUCGCAAUUGUGUUUUUUCGAUAGGCUAUACUUUUUCACCAUAAAUAAACCUGAAUUUUAACAGCAAAAUACACUUGUUUUAUAUUAGCCUAUGUAAUAUUCAUUAAUUAUAAUUAUCCUUAUUA